GAAAAAGGGAAUGAAACCAUAAUACAAAAGAUAAUAAGACCUUCUUCUCUUGCCUGGUUUGCUUCCUUUAAUCCAGGUAAGACCCUGCCAAUGUUUGAGCAUUCAUGGGAGAAUAGAGAUGGCUUAGGCUAACCUCAUCGGCUGCAAAAAAGAAAAAGAAAGUAGCCAGUUUUGUAGUUUAGGGCGUACAGGAGAACUUCAUUUCUUUUUCUUUCUAUUGCUUUGUUUUCCUGUACGCCAUUGGAUGCUCUUUGUGUUUCUUGGCCUUUCUUCUAGCCAUGGCAACCAGAAAUUAUUUUGUGCUGUCUAUUGUUUGGUUUUCUCUGAUUUUUAGUGUCAUUCAUGUAUCGAGCCAGCCUUUGGCUGUGGACUGUGGCUCCAAAGGUGGCAAAGAUGAAGAUGGCAGGACAUGGGAACCAGAUACCAAGUACCUCCUUCCAUCCAAUAAUUCUGUUCAACUCCAAGCUGGAUAUCAAGACCCUUCACUUCUUUCUACAGUUCCAUAUAUGAAUGCUAGAAUUUUCACAUCCCCAGCAACCUAUCAGUUCCCGAUUAAAAUGAAGGAGCGCUAUCUGGUCAGAUUUCAUUUUUAUCCUUCAGCUUACCCCAACUUCAAUAUCAGCAAUUCCUAUUUCUCAGUGGUUGCUGGAGGCGUCACCAUGAUGAACAAUUUUAGUGCCGCAAUUACCUGUCAAGCCCUUACACAGGCUUAUCUUGUUAAAGAAUAUUCUUUGGCACCUAUGGAUACUAAGGUCUUAAAUAUUACCUUUACACCUUCUGUUGUCCUCUUCGAGGCAUUAUGUGCUAGACCAGCUCUCAAUCCUAGCCUCCCAAAGGAACAAGUUAGUCUUGCAGAUUGGGCACUUCAUUGUCAAAAAAAAGGAGUUCUGGAAGACAUCAUUGACCCUCAUUUGAAGGGAAAAAUCGAUCCCGAAUGUCUAAAGAAAUUUGCAGAUACAGCAGAGAAGUGCUUAUCUGAUCAUGGACUUGAGCGUCCUCACAUGGGUGAUGUGUUGUGGAAUCUUGAGUUUGCUCUCCAAUUGCAAGAAACCGCAGACGGUUCCAAGGGCGGUGGUUCGAGUUCAACAGAUGAUCAAGGAAGUGUCCGUUCAACAGAUUCCAGCGUAAGAAGCCAAAGGCAAGGAUUACAUGUAGGCAACCUCAGCCUUGGAAGUGAGCACGAAGUGAGUGAGGAAGUUAACAAUGAGAGUGCCAUCUUCUCUCAACUUGUCAAUCCAAAAGGACGGUAAAGCAAAACCCCAUCUUGGAAAAUCAAGUAAAGCCAUUGACCCUGCAAAGAUAGAGAAGGGAAGCCAUGGAAACUCAAGCAUUACAAAAGAAACAAUACUUUUUUCUUUUUUGUGUGUCAUUUUCCUUUAACAUUGUAUGUCAAACAGGCGAUAUAAAUCAAAGUUUCCCACUUAGCCUGGUACUAUUAUAAUUAUCUUGUGUUUUUCACUAUGAACUUACGACCAUGUUACAAAC